GGCCCCAUGCGUAAACGUACAGAGAAAUAGGUGGGGUCAAGCAGCAAGAGAUAAGGGGCCAGGGUAUAAAAAGGGCCCACAAGAGACCAGCUCCAGGAUCCCAAGGCCCAACUCCCCGAACCACUCAGGGUCCUGUGGACAGCCCACCUAGCUGCAAUGGCUGCAGGCUCCCGGACAUCCCUGCUCCUGGUUUUUGCCCUCCUCUGCCUGCCUUGGCUUCAAGAGGCUGGUAGGGUCCCAAGCGUACCCUUAUCCAGGCUUUUUGACCACGCUAUGAUCCAAGCCCAUCGCCUGCACCAACUGGCCUUUGACACCUACCAGGAGUUUGAAGAAGCCUAUAUCCCAAAGGAAAAGAAGCAUUCGAUCAUGGAGAACCCCCAGGCCUCCUUCUGCUUCGCAGACUCUAUUCCCACACCCUCCAACUUGGAGGAAACGCAGCAGAAAUCCAACCUAGAGCUGCUCCGCAUCUCCCUGCUGCUCAUCCAGUCGUGGCUGGAGCCCGUGCAGUUCCUCAGUAGUGUGUUUGCCAACAACCUGGUGCAUCGCACCUCGGACAGCGACGUCCAUGACAUCCUAACGGACCUAGAGGAAGGCAUCGAAACGUUGAUGUGGAGGCUGGAAGAUGGCAGCCCCCGGACUGGGCAGAUCUUCAAGCAGACCUACAGCAAGUUUGACACACACUCACAGAACGAUGACACACUGCUCAAGAACUACGGGCUGCUCCACUGCUUCAGGAAGGACAUGGACAUGGUUGAGACAUUCCUGCGCAUGGUGCAGUGCCGCACUGUGGAGGGCAGCUGUGGCUUCUAGGUGCCCGCGUGGCAUCCUGUGACCCCUCCCCAGUGCCUGUCCUGGCCCCGGAAGGUGCCACUCCAGUGCCCACCAACCUUGUCCUAAUAAAAUUAAGUUGUAUCAUU